UCCCUGGAUGGUAGGGAAGGUUGUCCUACUAUAUUUACAUUGUUUUCGAGAAAUCGACAGUUUCAAGAGAUUUAAGGUAUACAAGAAAUAGAAGUCUAACCUGUGGUGGUGACAGUGGUUGUUGAGUACUGUCACUCCCGUAGAGAAAGAUAAUUACCGAUUGAUAUUACAAAGCACAACAUUCCUUAACCCAAUUGGUUAACGGUUUCCCUCCCUCUCUACGGGGCUUAAUCAGCCUUUUUCCCACCCCCACCCGCGCAAAUUCCCAUUCCCGGCCAUCCUCUCCGGUCCCACAGUCACUCAUUCGAUUACUUCCCCUCUUCCCUCUCCUUCUCUCUUCUUUCUCCCCGUCAUCCUGUCUCGCAAUUGCCAAUCGACCCCUCCCAAUUUACACGCGGUUAAGGCGGUCAUCACCCAACGUCCUCCGGGCCAUAUAUUGUUCGAAUCGCUUUCCCCUCGAUCGAUCUCCCCUUCAGCGACAAGCUUCUGCAGCAGACCAUAGGAACAGAAAGAAAGGAAACAGAAAAGAAACUUCACAGGGACUUCAUCGGAAUAUCAAAAGCAUUAGAAACCUCGGCGAUACACCAUGGCCGAGUUCAACGGCCGUAGGGCCCCCAACUUUUCCCAAUACCUCGAAGACCUGAAUGCUAUCCCGUCACCGUACGACCAAGCUCUACAGCAACAGCAGCAGGGCUCAUACAACCUCGAUGCUGAACUCUCCCUCUUUACCAAUGCGGAAUUCUUCGAUUUUGAUAACUUUGGGGAUCUGAGCCUGCCCGGGUUUGACUCGGCGGAGAACGACGGCUUCAAGAAGGAAAACAAACAAACCACAAGCCAGAACUCAGAUAUGGAGUUCCUUGAUCUCCUAGGCGGCUUCGGCAAUAUGCCUGACUAUUCAACUACCGGAUUCAACUCCGUCAAUGCUCAGUCCCAGCCUACGACUUUGCAUAAUGCGCAGUUCUCAGCCGUACCGCAGAUGCCGAAUGGGUCACCGAACGCUAGCCCCAGCCCGAAAGAGUCCACUUCUACUUCGUCGCCAUCGCCCGCAGCCCAAUCGCAGCUUCCCGCACCUGUACCUGCUCCCUCUAUCACAUCUUCCGCUCCCGCACCGAAGCGCAAGAAUACGCAGAAGUCGGCUCCCAUGAGUGUAGAGGAGGCAUCGCGGAUUGCGGCGGAGGAGGAUAAGCGCCGACGCAACACUGCUGCCAGUGCACGAUUCCGUGUGAAGAAGAAGAUGCGCGAGCAAGCGCUUGAAAAGACCGUGAAGGAGACGACAGAUAAGAACACCGCGCUUGAGGCCCGCGUCACCGCACUGGAGCUGGAGAACCAGUGGCUGAAGAACUUGAUCACAGAGAAGAACGGACAAUCUUCCGGUGAAGGAAAGAAGUCUGAAAACGACAUUGCGGAUAUGUUCAAGAAGUUCCUUGCUUCUCAAAAAGCCGAAGGUCAACGGAGUAGUGCUGAGUCGAGAAACGGCGUGGGUACUGUUUGAGUGGAACCAAAGUAGAAUACUGUUUGCUUUAUGGCGCUAUGUCUUUGCGUUUAUGUUCAGGCUAUUAAUUCUUGUUCAUACUUAAUUGGAUUGUUAGGAGAC